GGUAAGAGCGACGACAUUGCCGCUGCCGAUGUUGAUUCCGGAGGAGACUAAACGGACGCGGCUGAGUUCGAAAAAUCUAGAUCAAGGACAUUAGUGAAGAGAAAACCAAUGAAUUUGGUGAAGCAGUGGAAACUACUGACCAGAAAAUUGAGCAUCUCCGUUGCAAUUCUCAGUCCAUAUAGCCCUCUGCAAAUGUUGCACAAUGUGCUGAGACACCUCAUUCUAACACUGGUCGUGAUUCCUUUCGUAGUGGUGUUAGUUCACAAAGUCAAGGAUCUCAUGGUGGUAGCUUUUGCAGAUGUUCUCAUCGUGGAGGUUCUGGUAAUAAUCGUCCUUAUUGUUAUCUCUGCUAUCACCUUAGUCAUGAUGUUGCAAAUUGUUAUUACCGAUAUGAUCACUCUUAUCAACCUCCAUCUAGUUAUGGUCGUGGCUCCACGGGUGCUUCUUCUAGCACUAUUGCAGAUCCGGCUUAGUAUGUGGGUAGUGGGGCAAAUUACCAUGUCAUUCCUAAUGCUGACCAACUUGUGAACGUCCAGAACACUGGUGCAUCUAAUAUAUCUCCUCUAUUAACUUGCACUGGUGAAAGUGCUUUUGUUAAGGGUAUUGGUUUUGCCACUAUCCCAUGUUCUUCCUCCAAUGUUUCUCUUAAAGAUGUUUUAAUAGUACCCACUGCUACUAAAAAUCUCAUGAGUACCUACAGACUUGUUGAAGAUAAUUAUGUCUGCGUUGAAUUUACUAAUACUGAAUGUGUUGUGAAGGACAAGAUGACAGGCAAGGUACUACUGAUGCGAGGGAAGCCCCAAGAAGGAAUGUACUCCCUAGUCAGUGAUGCUUUUUCUUAGCAAGCACAUGCUGUUGCCUCCUCCUCUGUUGCAACUUCGUCUGAGUAUCUUGAUUGGCAUUGUAAGCUAGGUCAUCCGAGUAAUAGAGUUUUAGGAAAAAUAUUGAAUAAAUGUAAUGCAAUAAUUGCUGUGAAUGAAAAAUAUGUUUGUGAGGCUUGUCAAUGUGGCAAAUCCAAAUUACUACUGUUUCCUAACUCUAUUUCUCAUGCGGCAUCUCUGCUUGAUCUUAUACAUACUGACUUAUGGGGUCCCUCUCCCAUCCAAUCCACUCGAGGCCAUGAGUUUUAUCUACACUGUAUUGAUGAUUUCAUUCGGCACACUUGGUUUUAUCCAUUAAAACACAAAAGUGAAGCUGUAAAUGCUUUCAAUCAUUUCCGAGCUGUUGUUGAAAAUCAAUUUAGUACGAGAAUUAAGGCUAUCCAAUGUGAUGGUGGUUUUGAAUUUAAACCAAUUGUUGUUAUUGCUAUUUCUUGAGGAAUCAAUAUGCGUAUUACUUGUCCCUAUACUUCUCAAAAUGAACGA